UUAUUGUGGCUAGUUCCACAUAGAUUUGUGCAUGCUACGAACAAAGCGAAUGAUCUUGCUAGCUACGGAAGAUAAACUCGAAUUUGCUUUCAAAAUAUAGAACUAUCAAUAUACACUAAUAUUGGAGAUACAAAUUCGUGUUAAGUGUGUGUUCGGAUCCUGAUUAUGUCAACAGCUGAAGAUUCUCGUUACUACAACGAUCAUGAUGACAGAGUUGGAGGACAGAAGUUUCGCCGUAAAGGCAGAGGGCCUUUCAGGGCCCCUAUGUAUAGUGACCAGGGACCAGGAGGGCCAAGACCAAGACUUCGUGGUGGCCAAAGAGGCAGCGGAGGCCCAGGGCCCAGAGCUAGGUUUGAUGAUGAGGAUGGAGAUGUGGCAAUGACAGACAGCAGCUCCCAAGAUGGGUCCUCUCAACACAGAUUCAACCCGUAUGGACGACAGAAUCGCCGUGGGGACGACCGCUUUGAGCGGGGUCGCAGAGGUGGCAACAGAGGUCGUGGUAAUAGCAGAGGGGAUGGAGGGGACCACAACACCUGGUUCAAGAUGUCUAUUCCCCACGGAAAGAAAUAUGACAAAGACUGGCUGAUAACAGGACUGCAGAAUAUCUGCUCUGUUCCUUUUACCCCCGUGCAUUUUCACACAGAGGGCAACCGAGCCCAGUUCUAUGUUGACGAUUCCACCACAGCCAGUGCCUUAAGUAGAGUAUCACGGAAGAUCACAGACAAAGACGGUUACAAGGUGACCGUACUGAUGAAUCCCUGCCCUCCACCCUCAUUUCUUCAGUCAGAACUAAAACCAGCUGAUCUGGAGCAUCUGAAGCAAUGCAUGGCUAAACGUUUUGAUGGCUCACAACAAGCUCUGGACUUGAACAACAUCCGGAUUGACCCAGACCUGGUGUCCCACAAUAUUGACGUGACAUUGAACACAAAGAACUCCAUGCGUGCUGUUACCAAGAUCAUUGAGGAGAACAUUCCAGAGCUCGUUUGUCUGAAUCUCAGCAACAACAAGUUGUUUAGGUUGGAAUACCUGUCAGAGCUGGUCAGCAAGGUUCCAAACCUGAAGAUACUCAACCUUUCUCAUAAUGAGUUAAAGACAGAGCGGGAGCUGGAUAAGAUUAAAGGUCUUAAGCUGGUGGAGCUGUGGCUGGAGAGGAACCCACUGUGUGAUUAUUUCAAGGACCAGACUGUAUACAUCAGUGCUGUGAGGGAGAGGUUCCCCAGGCUUCUGAAACUGGAUGGUCAGGACCUCCCCCCACCCAUAGUGUUUGACGUGGAGGAUACCCCUGCUGCCCUCCCCCCCUGCAAGCCCAGCUACUUCUGCUCUGAAGAGAUCAAGAGUGCCAUCCUUGGAUUCCUACAACAAUACUACAGUGUGUAUGACUCUGGGGACAGACAGCCUCUGUUAGAUGCCUACCACGAUGGAGCAGCCUUCUCCCUGAGCGUACCCUUCACCAUGCACAACCCGUCCAGGUGUAGUCUGGGAGAUUACCAUAAAGACACUCGCAACUUGAAAAAGAUCAAAGAUCCAACCUCGAGGUUCCGCUUACUGAAGCACACUCGUCUGAAUGUGGUGGCUUUCCUGAACGAACUGCCCAAAACACAGCAUGACAUUGCAUCGCUAAAUGUGGACGUCAACACCUUCACCAACACACUGCUGUCGUUCACUGUCUCUGGAGUGUUCAAAGAGGUUGAAGGUAAAUCCCGAGACUCUGUCAGAGCUUUCUCUCGGGUGUUUAUCACAGUGCCAGCAGGCGGGACAAGUCUUUGCAUAGUGAACGAUGAGCUGUUUGUUCGAAACGCUACGACUGAGGAGAUCCGCCGGGCCUUUGUGGCGCCGGCCCCCACCCCAUCAAGCAGUCCGGUCCCCACCCUGUCAGCCCCCCAGCAGGAGAUGCUGACUAACUUCUCUCUCAAGUCCGGCAUGAACCUGGAAUGGUCCCAGAAAUGCCUUCAGGACAAUGAGUGGGAUUACAUCCGAGCUGGGCGGGUCUUCACAGACCUCAAGGCUCAUGGAAAGAUUCCUGAUGUCGCUUUUAUAAAGUGAAUAGGAAUGGUGGGGAGUGUUUUAAUUGUCACUUAUUUCCUUUUGAUUUUUAUGUAAUUCCUGGAUUACAGGUUAACAAGGAUAUUUCAUUAUUUGUGUACUUCUAGUAAUUAAAAGUGAUUUAUGGUA